AUUCUAUCGCCAUGCGGUCAUCAGCCGAUUACGGUUCCCACGGCGGUCCACUUAGGAGGCUCGAGUCUUCACCAUCAUCCAUGACUUCAUGGUAUAGGGAAAGUGAUACGAAUGAUGAAAGUCCUAUGCGGCAGGUGACCUCUCAAAUGUCACGACUCUCAAUGUCGGCCGAACCAGACAGGGCUCGAGCGUACACUACCAGUCUGUCGCCUCCAAGACCUACCCCAGUCACUUUCCGAUGGGAGAAGGUUCGGACAACUGGGGAAGUAUUCACUCCUCGAACUGGACAUUGUUGCGCAAGUGUUGGUGACCAUAUAUUCUUAUUUGGUGGCACUGACGGGGAAAGCAGAAAGUGUGACGUGUACUGUUACUGGUGUAACAGACAGGAAUGGGAGCGGGUGAAGGUUCAGCGAUGUCACGAUGGACAAGUCAGCGAGCCCCCAGCCCGAUCAGGUGCCCGCUCGGCUGUUUUUGAAGGAAUUGUCUACAUAUUCGGUGGUUACACCAAAAAGGAUGGCGACUACUUCAACGACACCUGGGCAUUCAACCCGCUCUACCACACGUGGACCAUGCUCGCUGCUGCUGGUGAUGUUCCAGCUCGGAGAACUGACCAUUCGAUGGUCCUCUACGACGGUUGUGUCUACACAUUUGGCGGUUUCGAUGGCAGGAAUCGUUUCAACGAUGUUAGUAUGAUGACGCUACCCGCCCAUGGAGCGUUCCGUGGAGGCUCACCUGUGGCGAGAUGGGAACUUAUAGAUGGUCCCGCAACAAGGGUGGCGACUGGGCAGGAGUGUCCUACCCCGAGAUUUGGGCAUUCUGCUGUGGUUCACGGUUCGUGUAUGUACGUAUUCGGCGGUUGGGACGGUCACGACACGUUGAACGAGCUGUGGGAAUUCAACUUCCCAUCUGGAAAAUGGUACCCAGUGGCUCAACGUGGUAUUGUUCCUCGUCCGCGAUACCGACAUGGAUGUGUAGUGAUAGAUGACAGUAUGAUCGUAUUUGGUGGAGUUGACAAGGACCAACAUCGGUUCAACGAAUUGGCAGAGUUCGACUUCAACACUGGUGUCUGGUCUAAGCUCGAUACGGUGGGAGAGAUUCCAACUGGGAGAACCUUCCAUAAGUGUCGCGUCUGGCAUGGCACGCUCUACCUUAUAGGUGGUUUUGACGGUCGCCGACAAAAUGAUAUGUAUCGGGUUGCAAUGGAAGAGGGCCUGAGGAAAAGGGCUGCGGCUCUUUCAAGAUCUGAUACUGUGGCGGCUUCGUCUUCAGCUUGUGUAGCGGCCAGCUGUGCCUGCUGUGAUACUUCAUGUAGUUCUGAGCCUCCACAAGUGGUGAUGCCUGAGGACCUAUGCAAGUGGCAGAGAAUCGAGACUAAGAAUGCUAUUGGUGAUGACUUGAGUGGGAGAACGGGGCACUCAGCGGUGACCUGGGGAAAGCAUAUGUUCGUCUUUGGUGGGACGGACGAACAUGCGCGUCAAAAUGAUGUCUAUAAGUUCGAUUUUUCUACACAAAUGUGGUGUAAAGUGGCCACAUCGUCGCCGCAACCAGCCGCGAGGAGCGGUAGUAAGGCGGUGGUAUACAAAGAUUAUAUGUAUCUAUUUGGUGGCUAUACGAAAAAGGAAGGGAAGUACUUUAAUGAUAUGUGGAGGCUCAAUCUAGUUAAAGGAACUUGGACACUGGUCAAGCCUAGACGUGGUACUCCACCGUCUCCCCGAACUGAUCAUACGUGCUGUAUAUUGAGGUCGGACAUAUAUGUAUUUGGUGGUUUCGAUGGCAGAUCGAGAUUUCAAGAUCUACACAUUUUCAACACUGAGGAGGAAGCGUGGACUGCGAUUAGCCCAGGAAAUGAGCCCUUAGGACGAUUCGGGCACACGGCGGUUAUGUAUAAUACGUGAGUACGCAAGCUCCCGAGGUGUGUCUGAUAUCACAUAGGUCCAUGUAUGUCUUUGGAGGGUGGAAUGGUCAUGAUACACUGGAUGAUUUAUGCGAAUAUUCUACAGAAUCGCAAAACUGGUUGUCAGUCCCUGGGCGUGGCGAGAUCGUGAGCAGUAGAUAUCGACAUAGUGCUGUGGUUUAUGGCUGCUGUAUGUUCAUAUUCGGCGGAGUUGACAAGAAGCAGGAGCGUUUUGCUGACCUUUGUGAAUUCAAUUUCGAGACGAGUAAUGAAUCUCAAUAUAUGUUUGAUCUCGAAUCUUUUUUACCGGUUUUCCAACGAGCUUAUGGAAUUUCGCUGAAUUGUUGAUUAUUUUCUGGAGUUUCACAACCCGUUUUACGUGAAGUGGCGUGAAACUUGGUGAAAAACGCGAUAUUCGCGGUGAUAUGCAGUAGUCGUGAAAUAUAUUUUUCACUAGAGUUUUUCAUAUCACUAGGGUGGUGAAACUCCACUGUACUGAUUAGUAUAUAAUGUCAACAUGCACAUAAUAUAAGAUAUAAUCAAUGAGUUUUAGUAAAUUUUGGAGUUUCACAACCCGUUUUACGUGAACUGGCGUAAUACUCGAUGAAAAAACGCGAUAUUGUCGGU